AUGCAGGCAUCGCCAUCACCUUCACCACCACCACCACCGAUACCCUCUGUUCCAGAAGGGACAUCAGCAGCGACCACUUCUUUGCCUCAGUCUGAAGUGAAACUCAAGCUGGUGCCCUAUGAUGAUGACGAGGACACCGCCUCGGACAAAGCGCUUCCCACCAAUGGCAGCGACAGUAAUCAACCGGAAACAGCAACAGCAACAACAGCAGAAACAACUUCGCCAAUAAAACCGGACAGCAACAGCAGAAAUGGCCAGCAAGCAAAGGAGACAGAUGGUACUGAUAAAAAGGCAGAUAAAAAGUUAGAUAAGGUAAGGGAAGGUGACGCUGAAAACUUAACUGCAAGCCCAAAAUCUGCUUCUACCAAAAAACGACCCGCUGGCGCUGAUGAUGAAGAGGAAGAAAACGCCAAAAGCAGCAGCAGUAGUAAUAAGAAGAAACUCUCUGAACCGCUUUCAGUAUCAACAGCAGCAUCACCCUCAAAAAUUUCAACUAAAACUUCUUCAUCAUCAAAAAGCACUCCGGCAGACACUGAACCUCUUCAAGAGCUAAAAGUCCUCCUACUCUCUCCAACUCUGCCCAGCCGCUCCAAAUCAUCACCGGCAGCGGUGGAACAGGCGGAGAAGGCCUCACCGCCACUGACCAAAAAGAUGAAAAAGGCUGCGGAAAUCAGCAGCAGCAGUCAUCAUCAUCAGCAAUCGGAAACAUCUUCAGCCGAUUUGGAUGCCUCUCUUGCAGAGGAAGAAGAGGGUGCCUGCUCCGAG